AUGGUUGCUCCUAUAAGCACUAACGACGCAUUUCUAAAUGCGGAAAUGGAUUUUGGUUUGAAUAUGCUCCGACAGUCACCCACAACUGAGCAACUGGUCGUUUCACCGAUUUCUAUCAUAUUCGCUCUCGCUAUGGUACAGGCUGGAGCAAGAGGGAAGACGAAGACGCAAAUCAACCAAGUUAUUUCAAAUGGUGCAACGGAUGAAGAGAUUAUCAACUACUACUCUAGCCUUUCCAAAGACAUUCCCAUUUCCAACGAAGAAGUGGAGACAAGGAUGGCGAACGCGUUUUUUCUCAACAAGGAGUUCUCUAUCGAGAAGCAGUACGCUGAUGCCAUCAGUGGAAAUUACUCAGCAAAAGUAGAAGCCCUAGACUUUCGGAACGCAAAACAAACGGCCCAGAAAAUUGACAAAUUUGUGAGCGACGCGACGAUGGACAGAAUAAAAGAUAUUGUCACGGAGAGUACCGUAGAAGGCGCCGACUCUCUUAUAAUUAAUGCCAUUUACUUCCACGGUAAAUGGCAACGCGCGUUCGACAAGGAAUAUUCCAAAAAUGGCACUUUUCACAGCUCCACAGUCAAGCAGAAGGAAAUAGAAUAUAUGAAUGGUAACAGAGUGGUUCAGUACUACGCAGAGGAUGAAGAUAUGCAAGUCUUGUCAUUACCUUAUUUCGACACAUCCUAUGCUUUCAAUAUUCUUCUUCCCAAGAAAAGAUUUGGUCUUGAGGAGCUAAGAAGGAAACUGAACGGCACUUCCAUUAAAAGGGUGUUCUCGCAGCUUAAGUUGACGAAGUUAGAAAAGAUCUCUAUCCCAAAAAUGAAGAUUGAGACCGAUUACAAACUAAAAGAAGCGUUGAUGGCGAUAGGGGUUACCGAAAUGUUCUCUCACAGUGCUGAGUUGACUGGAAUCACAAGGUCAGCGCCACUGAAAGUGUCGAGGGCUGCGCACAAAGCUCUAAUUGAGGUUGACGAGGAGGGAACUACCGCAGCUGCAGCCACAUCCUUCCGGGCUGUAACAAGAAGUUUCAUACCUCAAACAAGUUCUAAAAUGGCAGUCUAUCAUUACUCACAAAAUCAAAGCAGUAUGUUUUGGGAUGUGGAGACCGAUUUCGGAUUGAAAAUGCUUCGUCAAUCGUCGACCCACGAGUCAUGUGUCGUUUCUCCCAUCUCUGUGAUUUUAGCUCUAGCGACGAUUCAAAUCGGUGCCAAAGGACUCACAAAAACGCAGAUCAGCAAAGCGAUAUCAAAAGGAGCAUCGGACAAGGACAUCUUCCUUUUUUACUCAAAUCUGUCCGAGCAGGUCAUGUACUCCAGAAGCGAGGCAAAAAUGAGAAUUGCAAACGGACUCUUCAUAGAUGGCAAGAAGUUCGUCGUGAGGAAGUCAUACGACAGGGUCGCCAUCGAGAAGUUCUCUGCAAGAGUAAGAGCGCUGCAGUUCUCAAGACGAGAGGAAACGACAAGGAAAAUUGAAACAUUUUUAAGCCGCAGAACAGCCGGUAGAAUUAAGCAUAUGCAUAGUUCUAUAAAAGACGCACUAUCGGUCGUACUCAGUGCCGCCUACUUUACAUCUCAGUGGGAACAUUCAUUCGUUAAAGCAACAAAUUCGUUUGGAACGUUCUACCACGAAGAGUCGGUCAAGAGAAAGGUUGAAUACAUGAAUGUUUUGAACGAGAAACGCUACUACGCGGAAACCGAAGACAUGCAAGUGCUAUCACUUCGCUACAAGGACACCAGCUAUGCGCUCAAUAUCUUCCUCUCAAAGGAUAGAUUCGGUUUCGAUGCACUACGCACGAAACUGAGCGGAUCACUCAUCCAGCACUCGCUCUCACAGCUUAAGGCAACAUACAUGAAGAUAUCAAUUCCAAAGAUAAAAAUCGAAUCAGAGUUCAAACUGAAAUCUGUUCUCAAAUCAAUGGGUAUCAGUGAACUGUUCUCUGAUCACUGCGAUCUGACCGGAAUCACAAAGACGUCACAGUUGAAAAUUUCAUCCGCGGAGCACAGGGCAGUGCUCGAGGUCACUGAGGAUGGAACCAGUGAAGAAGGUGUCCAAACCUACUUCAAACCUACGCUCCCGCCAACAAUCACGGUCCAGCCUAUAUCAUUCAUCGCCGAUCAUCCGUUCAUAUUUGUUCUUACCAAGGAUCGAAAUCCUCUUUUCAUAGGACAAUAUGUUAUGUUUCUACGAGCGGAAACUGACUUCGGUCUGACGAUGCUCCGUCAGUCAUCGAUCAGUGAGUCAGUGGUCAUCUCCCCGGUAUCCGUGAUUCUCGCCUUGGCAACGAUUCAAAUCGGUGCAAAAGGUGUGACAAAGACUCAAAUCAGCAACGCGAUUUCUCAAGGAGCGAGCGAUGUAGACAUCUUCAAGUAUUACUCUCGUCUUUCGGAAAACGUGCAACAUUCAAGACAUGGAGCGAAAAUGAGAAUCGCAAACGGACUCUUCGUGGAUGGCAAGAAGUUCGUUGUAAGAAAGAAGUACGAAAAGGUUAUAAUCGAGAAAUUCGCUUCAAAAGUGAGAUCACUGCGCUUCUGGAAGAGGGAGGAAACAAACCAGAGAAUUGACGCUUUUGUGAGCCGUGGAACAGCUGGUCGGAUAAAACAUAUUAACACUUCAAGCUCUAUUAAAGAUGCGCUCUCUCUCAUGAUUAGUGCUGCCUAUUUCACUUCCAAAUGGGAACAUUCGUUUGCGAAGGGGUCGAAUACAUUUGGAGAGUUCUAUUAUGGAGAGAACAUCAAGAGAAGGGCAAGUUUAUGGAUUCAACCACCUCCCGCUUCGUUUAGAAACAGGAAAACGGAGAGUUCUCUACUAGGAGUGUUACAGGUGGAGUACAUGCACAUUUUCAAUGAGAAACGUUACUACACUGAAAACGAAAACAUGCAGUUGUUGUCCCUCCGUUACAAGGACACAAGCUACGCGCUCAAUAUCUUCCUUCCAAAGAAGAGAAACGGCUUCGAUGCACUGAGAUCACAGCUGAGCGGAUCCCUUAUCCAAAGAUCGUUCUCCCAGCUCCAAUCAACCUAUAUGACGAUUUCUUUGCCAAAAAUAAAGAUCGAGACGGAAUUCAAGCUGAAAUCUGCGCUGAGAGCACUUGGUAUCAGUGAGCUGUUCUCCGACAAAUGUGAUCUUAGUGGAAUCACAAAGACAUCACAGCUGAAGAUUUCCUCCACUGCCCACAAAGCAAUUAUUGAGGUUGCCGAAGAUGGGACAGGUGAAGGAGAGUCGAAUAGCAACUACUUGCCUGCUGUUGCACCGACGGAAGCACAUCGGGCUAUAGAAUUCAUCGCCGAUCAUCCUUUCAUCUUCGUCCUAAGCAAAGAUUUGAACCCCCUUUUUAUAGGACAGUAUGUGUAG